AUGCUGACGCCUGUCUCCUUCGGUUUUGGCUGCGAAGCCAUUACUCAAGGCUAUCUUGAGACUGACGUUGGUUCUCUCGGUUUUGGUCGAGACUGUUCGUCUUCCGUCGGCUCGUCCUUGGCCUUUGGUCAAGCUUUUCCUCCUGGUGACUUUGCGGCUUCCAGUGGUAGCUUGCCUGCGGUUGCUUCCGCAAUGGAGGUUGAUGAUGUUUCUGUCCCUGUUUCUGGGAAAUCUGGUGUCUUCGACACUUUUUUUAUUAUUUAUUAUAUUAAGCAUGAAAGUGGUUUAGCACCGUGUUUAUUUGUAACAUUGAAUGUAUAUGAAUAUUUGUGGUAUUAG